AUGGAGUAGGAAUUACCAUCAUUAUCUGAACCUUUUACAUGGAUUUCAUAUGCAAUUUUGGGAUCAUUAGUUGGAUUAGCUUAAGCAGGUGGAAUAGGAGGAGGUCCAAUAGUAUCACCUGUGAUGAUGGUUUUAUUUGGAUGUUCAAGUAAGUAAGCUAUUUGGAAUACCUACAUUAUGUUAUUUGGAGGAAGUAUAGGUAAUUUUGCAAGAUUAGGAAGAGAAAAAGUAAAUAUCAAUUUUAUUGUUAAAAUAAGAUUUCAAAUGGUAGUAGUCCUUUAAUUAAUUAUUAACUUGUAUAGAUAACACUUCCAUUGCUUUUAGCAGGAGCUAUUUUUGGAGUGGCAAGUGGGAAAUGGUUACCAAAAUUAGUUAUAGUGAUAUUUUUAUUUGCCAUUUUAUUAAAUGUAUUUCUAAAAACUAAAAGUGUUUAUAAAAAAAUUAGGGAUAAAGAAAGAAAUGACCUUCUUGUUUAAGUUGAGAUGAAAGAAAUAAUUUUUACUGAUUACAGUACAUUGCCAUAAGAUUUAUAAUAGUUAAAGGAAAAUGAAUCUAAGCUAUAUCCUACUGAUAACCUUAAAGAAAUAGCUCUCUCAGUGAUUAUAGUGGUUACAUUGACUUUACUUAAAGGUGCUGCCACUAUUCCGUCAAUACUUGGUAUUGAUUACUGUGGAUAUGAAUAUCAUCUCAUCAAUUUCAUGAUUUUUGUUAUAGGAUAUUAUAAUGUUUAAAGAUACAGGUAAUAAAUUAAGAAAGAUGAGAUUCUGAAAGAGUCUAUAGGAUAUGACUUUUCUGGGGGAAAAAUAAGUUAAGUAUAUGAAAUAACUGUAAAAUCAAGUAUGAAAGCAGGUUUUUUAGGUGGGUUGGUUGGUUUAGGAGGAGGUGUCGUAUUAACACCUGUAUGGUUGGAAACAGGAAUUAAUCCUGCUAGAGCUGCUGCAUCUGCUACUUUUACAGUGAUGUUCACUUCAUUUAUAUCUGUGUUUAUUAUAGCUUUAUCUGGAGGGUAUCAUCUAUCUUAAUUUUUAAUUUUGGCAGUAAUGAAUUUAUAAAUUUAAUUAGAGUGUAUCUGGUUGUGGAAGUUAUUUGGUUGCAGGAGUGUUAAAAAGGAUAGUUAAGAAAUAUAAAAGAGAAUCAAUAAUAAUUUAGGUUUUAUUGUAUGUAAUUGCUUUUGGAUUGGUUGUAUUACCAAUUCAAUCAAUAAAAGAUGUAUAUUAUAAUCCUCUUUCAUCUAUUUAAUUUGGUCGUUUAUGUUGA